AUGGAUAGUGAAGAUGAACCAAAUUCAAAUGGUUUACUUUCACCUCCAUUAAAUGUAAUGACACAAACAAUUGCACCAAAUAAUUUUUUACUUUCAACUUAUAAAGAAAAUAUUCGUUCAAAUCUUGAUAUUCAUAAUGAUGAUCAUUUAGCUGCAGUUUCAAUGAAUAUACAUGAAAAUAUAAAAACAAGUAUAUCAUCAUAUAAAUGUUGUUUAUGUCGAAAAAUAGUUGACGAUGCUACAUUAACAUGUGCAAAAUGUGUUAAUACAGGUCGAUUUUGUCCAUCAAAACAUGAUACGUGUUCAAAUAAACGAAGACAAACAUUAAUAAAUAUGUUAAAUUCAAAUGAUUAUGAAGAAUUUCAGCAAUAUUCAAAUAAAUAUUCAAUUAAUACACCAGCUCAUUUACAAUGUUCUGAUCGAAUGUUUUUAUUGAAAAAAUUCAAUAUAGAAAAAAAGAUAUUACAAGCCGACUAUCAAACAAAAAUGGAGCCAGUAAUUCGACUACGUCAAAUGUCUGAAGAAAUUCUUGUACGAAAAAAUCGUCUUAAUCUUGUUAAUCAAUCUAUAAUACGAUUACGAGAACAAAUUGAACGAGGUAAAAAGGCUAAAACUGAAACUCAACAACGGGUGGAAAAAAGAAAUUCAAGAAUACAAUUAAUUAAGAAAAAAACACAUGAAAUCAACAUGGUAUUAAAUUCAUCGAAUGAUGAAAUACGAAAAAAAAAUGAAUUACGAAUUGAACAAGAAAAUAAAUUAUAUGUUAUUCGUCGACAACGUCUUAAUGAAGUUUAUAAAUAUAUAUUUCCUAUUGAACGUGUAUCAUCUAUUAAAGAAGAUCUUGCAUCAAGAAUAAGAGCUUUAUCAAGUGCUCAACAACCAAUUGUCGAUGAAACAAAUAGUUUUUGGUCAGAGAAUGAUGAAUUACCAAGUGUUGGAGGAGAUAGAUAUCAAAUUGUUGAUUCAUGUUUACCAGCUAAUGGAGAUUAUCAAAUUGAUAAACUUCUUCUCACAACUGAGGUUGACAAUAAAACUCCUGAUUCUGAUUCUCUUCAAUCAACACUUUCUCAUGAAUUAUAUGAAGUACUUUCAGCUUUAUCACAUGCUUGUCAACUAAUCAAUGUUAUUGCAUUUUAUCUUCAUAUUGCUUUACCAUUUCGUUUACAUCAAUUGGAAUUCAAUAAUAAUAAUUUAACAACAGAUCGUCUUCGUGGUGAUAUUGCUAAAUUAAAUGCAAAUAUAAUUACUAGUUGUAUAUCACAAGAUAUACCAAUAGAAAGUUCAAAUGUAACACAUACACUUGAAAAUUUAUUAAAACUACUUACAUUUAAGCGAUACCGUAGUCGACCACAACCAGUUGUAUAUUCUCAACAAUAUAUUGAUAUGAUGGAAGAAGAAGUUAAUGAAAUAAGUCGAGCCUAUGUUACUGAUUAUUGGUUUGAUGAUGUUGAAAAAGAUGUAAUUGAUCUUUUAAAUAGUGAUGAAUGGGAAACAAUACCACAAGAUUAUCUCAUACCGGAUGAUCCAUCGAUUCAUGAACGUAUUAAUUCCUUACCAUCAACAUCUGGUCAACAACAUCAAUCUGUUAUGAGUGGUUCAAUUGAUUUUUUGAGAAAUAGAGGUUCCAGCCUUUUCAAUUCAGUUUUUCGUAGUUUCGCAAAACCAUAA